AUGAACUAUGCUAGCAUUAAAGAAAUGGGUGAGCAGAGUAAAAUAUACACAAGCUUAGAUAUCAGUCUCAAUGAAAGAAAAGCAAAACCAAGAUUAGAGAAAGAGUCAUUCAAAGGUGACAAGCAAGCUGAUCUGUACUUGGAUGCAAGACCAAAUUAUCCAAACCAAUGGUAUUCAAUGAUGGCUGAACACACCCUUGAUCACUCUUUGGCUUGGGAUGUUGGCACUGGAAAUGGUCAAGCUGCUCUUCAUGAAUUGGAUGAAGUUCUCAGGCUCACUUUCCAUUCUGCCAUUUCCCAGGAAUCACUUUCCACACAGCCAUUCCAUUUACAAGUUCAUGGCUUGAAGAAAGUUGUUGGAUCAAGUGCUGCUGAGCAUUAUGAGCAAGUGAUUGGAACUGAUGCGAGCGAAGCCCAGUUAAAACGUGCAAUGCCACAUCCACUGGUUCGAUAUAUUGACAUCCCAUUAUCCAUGACUGACGAGGAUCUAGUGACCUUGUUUGGUGGUGAAAAUACUGUGGAUUUGUUGACUUUAGCGCAAGCUGUGCAUUGGUUUGACCUGAACAAGUUUUCUUCCCAGGUCACACGCCUUCUGCGAAAACCUGGACGUGUACUUGCGGCUGCUGAGCAUUAUGAGCAAGGGAUUGGAACUGAUGUGAGCGAAGCCCAGUUAAAACGUGCAAUGCCACAUCCACAGGUUCGAUAUAUUAACACCCCAUUAUCCAUGACUGACGAGGAUCUAGUGACCUUGUUUGGUGGUGAAAAUACUGUGGAUUUGGUGACUGUAGCGCAAGCUGUGCAUUGGUUUGACCUGAACAAGUUUUAUUCCCAAGUCACACGCCUUCUACGAAAACCUGGAAGUGUACUUGCGGUCUGGUGCUACAAUAUUGCUGUCAGUCCUUCAUUUGAUGCAGCAUUUAAGCGAUUUCAUGACUCAACUCUUUCUUCUUGGAACCCGAAUGCCCAGUACGUAUUUGAUAGCUAUAAGAAACUCCCAUUUCCUUUUGAGAGUGUUGGUUUAGGAUCUGAAGGGAAACCAUUAGAACUUGACAUACCAAAGGAGCUGUCACUUGAGGGAUUUGCGAAGAUGGUGAGUUCAUGGUCAGCAGUGAUUACAGCCAAGGACAAAGGUAUAGAUUUGUUGUCCAAGAGUGUUGUGGAAGAGCUGGAGACUGUUUGGGGUGGAGCUAAACUGGUUAGGUUAUAA